AUGUCUGGUUGCGGUAAGGGUGGUGAAGGCUUGGGAAAGGGAGGUGCCAAGCGCCAUCGUAAAGUGCUUCGGGAUAACAUCCAGGGUAUAACCAAGUCAGCUAUUCGUCACUUGGCUCGAAGCGGGUGGGUGAAGCGUAUUUCGGGGUUGAUUUACAAAGAGACCUGUGGAGUGCUGAAGAUGUUUGUCAAGAAUGUGAUCGGUGAUGCUGUCACUUACACUGAACAUACCAAGCGAAAGACUGUAACGGCUAUGGAUGUGGUUUAUGCUCUGAAGCGCCAGGGUCGUACUCUCUAUGGUUUUGGUGGCUAA